AUGGAAGGAGGUUCUGGCAACGGAAUGGGAGUGACCCUUGAGAACGGCAUGAGCACAACCGGUGGAGACUCGAUGACGCUCGCGUCAGGAGGACGAAUUUGGCGACUCAGGGUUCCGUCCAUACAAGAGAGCCCUGACAACAUUCUGAUUCUUGAGGUGAAGCAUGGAACCACCUGGUAUCCGGCGCAGCAAUACGUCGUGACGCUAUGA